UCACUUACUGUCAAAGAAUUAGUGUUGCUGUCCAAUCCUUUGAAAGAGGGCGCUCUUUUCGCGAAGUGAAACAAUUCGGUAAAAUGACUGAAGGCACAGCUACAAUUCGCACUCGCAAAUUUAUGACCAACAGAUUGUUGUGUCGCAAACAAAUGGUUGUAGAUGUUUUACAUCCAGGCCAGCCGUCUGUCAAAAAAACAGACAUCAGGGAAAAACUGGCAAAAAUGUACAAAGUUACUCCUGACGUAGUUUUUGUAUUUGGUUUCCGUACAAAUUUUGGAGGUGGUAAAUCGACAGGUUUCGCGUUACUUUAUGAUACGCUCGAUUUCGCAAAAAAGUUUGAACCGAAGCACAGAUUAGCGCGACAUGGGUUGUUUGAGAAGAAACAACAAACGCGUAAACAACGCAAAGAGCGUAAGAACAGGAUGAAGAAAGUGCGUGGCACCAAGAAGAGCAAAGUGGGUGCUGCAGCCAAAAAGGGCGGGAAGAGAUAAAGCGCUUCUAUAUUGUUGCACCUUUAGUAAUGCCCUGGACAUCUAGGCAGUUAUUGUGUGGCAUGUAUAGAAUAUCGGACGUUUCCAAUGAUUUAUAUAUAUAUGUUACACAAUAAAUAAUUAAGUGCAGAUUGUAUUAUUAUGGAAUUACAUCCUUUCCAUAUAUUAUAUAUUUUUAAGUGUUUUUAAAUAAAUCUGACAACAUCA